CUACAGCCCCUCCCAUCCCCGACCUUGCAUUUCCGCCGCUCUUCUCUCUGCCAGCCCGCCCAGGCCAUGGCCCCGCCUCGUCCCGCCCAUCGCUAAGGCAGGAACGGGCCCGGAGCGGAGCCAGGAAGCUCUGCACAACCUGCCGACUGCGGUGUGACACCUGACAUUGAACAAUGGGAAGACCCAGGAAAAACCCUGACAGCACAGCCUCACCUCGCCAGGCUGCAACUGUGCCUAAAGCCACCCCAGCAGCACCCCAUUCCUCUGCCUCCUCUACCCAGACCAAGAGGACACCCACAGCCAGCCGACCUAAGAGUGCUCAGCCUUCUGGGAGCACAGACACCAGCAGGGCACAGCCAGACAAGCCAGCCAGCAGCACCACUGCCAGAGGAACAAGGCAAACAAGAGUCACUGCAGCACAUGGCAGUGAUCAAGGAGACACCAAGAUAAGCUACAGAGCAACAGUUAAGAACCCCUCAGUGACAAGUAGUGGGCAACCACGUUCCACAGCAGUUAAAACACCUGCCAGGGCUGACCCCUACCUGGGAGGGAGUCAGUCCAGCUACUCUCAGGCCAAUACCACUGCCAAGGGCAAAACAAGCAAAUUCUCCUCCCUUCUGACAAGUGAAGAUGUGGCGAAGGUGGAAAGAGAAACCCGGGGUCAGAGGGAUAAUCCCAAGUGGCAUGAGUGGCGGGAAAACCGUAUCACAGCUUCAGUCGCACCCAGGAUUGCGAACAGCAAGUUUGUCAACGGCAAGAGCUCAGAGGUGCCCCAGUCUUACCUCAAGGCCGUGGUGAGUUCUGGUUCCAAUGUGCAGACACCUGCCAUGUCCUGGGGCACCAGAAAUGAGAAGAAGGCAGUGAAGGCAUAUGAGGAGCUCCAGUCGAGGAAGGCGGGUAGGGCUGUGAAGGUGGAGGAGUGUGGCCUCUUCAUUCACCAAGGGAAGGAGUGGCUUGCAGCCAGCCCAGAUGGAAUUGUCAGAGAAGCAGACACAGGGAAGCCACUGGGACUACUGGAGGUCAAGUGUCCCUACAAGCACAAAGACAAGACAGUGAAAGAGGCCUGUAAGGACAAAGCCUUCUGCCUGGAAGUGCAUGGCGAGUCCUACUCCUUGAAGAAAGAUCAUCCCUACUACACUCAAGUUCAGUGCCAAAUGGCAACAACAGGCUUUGAGAAGGCUGAUUUUGUGGUUCACACCAACAAAGAUACAGUCAUCACUUCAGUGGACUUUGAUGCAGAGUUCUGGGGGAAAACUGAGCCCAAGCUGGAGAAGUUCUACACAGAGGCUGUGAUUCCCCACCUGGAAGAGAAGAGAAGCGACUCAGUUUGGGCUAAGGAAGAAUAAAGUAAUGGGAACAUCUGGCCACUUCCCCACCAUGAUUUCUGUCUCCCCUAGAUGCUAUGAUAGAUGUUUAAUGAGCUAUCUCUGGUUCUGCCCUAGCAGAACUACAGGAACCAGAAUAUGCCUGCUGUGGCAUGGUUUACAUCUAAAAAUUAGAUCUAACUAGCUAGUUUUGUGCCUUAUGUAGUUAUGUCUUCUAAUGAGCUAGUUAAUGCUCAAUGCAGGAAGCAUCUCCAGUACAGCAGUAGCAGCUGUAAUAUAGAUAUUGCUUGAAACUGGACUCUUCCUUCCUAUUUAGAUUGUAAGCUCCAUGGGGCAAGGAUUGUAUCUGCCAUUGUCUCCUAGAGGAGUGGAGACACGGAAUGAUUUGAUGGUUCUGUUCCAGUCCUUAGCUUUUAGUGCUCUGGGACCAAAUUGAUACCGUUUUUGUGCAGACAGAUUCACUAUUCUAUCUAUUACUGUCCUCUCUGAACAUGUUCCAGUGCUGGCAGCUGCUGCAAAUUAUCCUGUCUCUGGGGAAUUAAGCGGAUCUGUCUGUGAAAUGGUCUAGUUCAGGGUUUACAGAUAGAAGGUGGGUGAAGUAAUCUCACCCAUUUUGCAUCUCUCUCAUUUUAGGACCAACAUAGUUAAAAUAAAACUGUAUAGCUCAAGGUUGUUGGGGAAGGCAAAGCUAGAUUCCAGUUAAUGAUCUGGGCUGUAAAUUCAGAACCAAACUUGAAUUUUAGUUCACCAGUCCUUGCUGCUGUCAGUGGCAAGUUUGCCAAAGAUCAAACAAAAAGUAUGGGGUAGCUGAACUUGUAAUUUAUGGGCCCUAUUGUCAGUUCAGCAUCGCACAAAGGGAAAAUGUGUUCUGCUUUAGAUGGGCUGUUGUUUCUUCUCUUGCCCUUUCUGUAUCUUCCCUCACAAUUUCUUUCCCAUAGCCUGUUAAAACAAUUAAUUCAUUAACUGCUUACAUUUAAAAUGUUUGCAGAUUUGGAGUCCACCUCUCACCCAUGAAAAUGUGAAUCAUAAGCACAGAUGUGUGACUGAUGUGGUUCAUCCUGCCCACCCCAUUCCAAUGCCUGUCCUUUUUGCAGCCUAUUGAGAGACCCUGGUGCAUGCAUACCGUGACUGUCCCACAUUGCAGACACUUUUCCCCCUCCUCCUACUUUUAUGCUUUUGGCUGCACUUCUGCCCUCGACUUACCAUUUACACUCACCCCACCCAUGGCCCCACAAAAUGGCCAUCUAGAACACCAUGGAGAGAGAGUUGGCUGAGGGAGUAUUCUGCGGCUGUGGGGCCUACUUCCUUUACACACUCUGUUCACUUGUCCUGGCAUAGUUCCUCUGGACAGCAUCCACUGGUUCCCUCAGCACCGUCGAUGAACAGUGGGCACUGUCCGGAGUUUUCUGUUCGGUGUCUCCUUCAAGUUCCCUCUUUUUGACCUUCACAGCAGACCCUGCUUUUUAAUUUGUUGUCCCCCAUAUUUAUUUAAGUCACCAGCUUAGUGGUUUGUCACCCAUAGGCUGAGGGGAAGGGCCUUCAACUGUCCGCUCACUUCCCCGGAACCCAAUAGAACCCCCUAAGAAUAUGAAGGGAUUACAUCUCAGAGCUACUAUUUCAGGCUUUCUGCAGAUGCAGAAAGAUAACUGUUUUUCAGAUGUGAACCAAUUAUACUUACACAGCCACGAGAUCCCCAGAGACACUUUAAAUGAAAGCUAA